AUGAAACGUAACACGGGCGCUGGAACUCCACUAAGUAGUGAUGAUGUUGUGGUUAUCCAUGCCGCCGAUACAUCUCUGAGUGUUAUCUUGUACAGAAGACCGCCUGUGAGAGUUCACCACGUAUGGAGUUGAACUCGGGUCGUGCGGUGGCAACGCUGGAAAUGUCGCAGAUCAAAAGUAAAGACGAUGAGGAUCCUAAUAGUGACGAUGACUACGAGAGCUUGCCACCUCAUGUCUCUGUAACGACCCACAUGACAGCAGGAGCUGUGGCAGGCAUACUGGAGCACACGGUGAUGUAUCCCGUGGACUCUGUUAAGACAAGGAUGCAGAGCCUGCAGCCAGACCCUAAUGCACAAUACAAAAGUGUGUAUGAAGCCCUGAAAAGGAUUGUCAAGACAGAGGGGGUCUUCAGACCUCUGAGGGGCCUCAACAUCACCAUGAUGGGAGCAGGGCCAGCUCAUGCUCUCUACUUUGCCUGUUAUGAACGGGUGAAGCGUUCUCUUAGUGACAUCAUUCAGAGUGGAGGCAACAGCCACAUAGCCAAUGGUGUGGCGGGAAGUAUAGCUACAGUUCUCCAUGAUGCAGUCAUGAAUCCAGCUGAAGUGAUAAAGCAAAGGAUGCAAAUGUACAACUCUCCAUAUCGAGGACUUUUGGACUGCGUUCGAACAAUAACGCACACUGAAGGUGUUGGAGCCUUCUACCGCAGCUACAGCACACAACUGACCAUGAACAUCCCCUUCCAGGCUGUUCACUUCAUCACGUAUGAACUCAUGCAGGAGCAGAUAAACCCCCACAGGCAUUACAACCCCAGCAGCCACAUAGUGUCAGGAGCAGCAGCGGGAGCCGUUUCUGCUGCAGUAACCACUCCGCUUGACGUUUGUAAAACACUGCUCAACACACAAGAGAAUGUAGCGCUGAACUCCAUGAACAUCAGCGGACACUUAACAGGAAUGGCCAACGCCUUCAGGACAGUGUACCGGCUCGGUGGUCUGCCAGCCUUUUUCAAAGGGGUCCAAGCUCGGGUCAUAUACCAGAUGCCUUCAACUGCCAUUGCUUGGUCAGUGUAUGAGUUCUUCAAAUACUUCCUAACAAAGCAGCAGCUAGAACAAGAGGCGGGAUCUGGGCCCCUGUAAUGGAAAAUUUGUUGGAGCUACACAUAUCGUGCCAGAAAGAGAACUUUAGCCUAGAAGUGUGUGUGAGUCACAGUGGUUUAACAAGCACUGAUGAGGAAAUAGCACGGGUCUGUGUGUUGUAAGGAAAUCAGAGCGGAGGUGUGGCAGAGAAUGGCACUCCUCACAGUUCAUUUAUUAUCCAGUUCUCUGUGUAUUUUUAAGCUUUCGCACGACCAUGUUAUCCAACAGAGAUGGCCAGACUAGUUUCUUUCUCUUCCUCCAUUGCAUCAACCACAACUCUUUUCCGAGCUCUUUGUCUACACGUUGUGGCCACAUGAUGAAGUUAUCGCAAACAAUGUUUAUAUUUCUAAAUAUUGUAACUGCAGAUGGGACAGUUGUGUUUAUCAAGUGCCUCAUAAAUAUCAACACUGUCUUUCCUUUUUUAUAUUUUACUCUUCUGUUCUUGACAUAGGAAAUAUUUGUAUAUGAGUCUUUACAAAUCAAAAUCUUGACAUGAUUAACUUAGCGCUAUCUCCCUCUUUUAAAAAUAUUAUCUUUACACCUUUGAUCUGGCUUCACCCAGCAGUAAUUAAUGUUUUGUGUGCAUUUAGUACUGAAUACCACUUUUUGUUUUUCCUUUUGAGGGACCCUCUUCUCUCUAAAUGAAGAUGUGUCGACCGUAACGGUCCAGUUAUUUGCCUUGUUAAAGUGCAGCUCCUGAAUCACGCACAAACUUUAGCUGUUGCAGAACAAAGGCAACUAGCUUAUUUGCAUCCAUGACAUCAACAAAACUGAUAUUGACAUUUUCCUGGGAAAAUGUCUUUAUGCUGGGCCAAAUGUGGACCAGACAAGGCUGUUACUUGAGUGUCUCAACCUUCUUGUGCUUAUUUUUUCUGUGAUACCUUUGUGUGGGCCAUUUUGUUUUUGUAUCACAUACCUUAAAUGCUUUAUAUUUUAUUAAAAGAAAUACAUAAUAUAUGUUUAAUCAAUACAUAUAAAACAGAUUGUGAUUCAAAUCUUAACAUCACUAAUGUUAUCUAAAUUGAGCAAUAAUGCUGUGAACAUCUUAGGCCAGUCGAAACUUGAUCAAAUCAAAUAUUUUUUUCCCUCUCCUCCUGUUGGAGUUACACAUUUCCUGUGUGCUUUCUGCUUUUUCCAGCGUAUUGUGUAUUUUUGAUCCAAAAGACAGGACAUAUUGCCAGAUACUGAUGUUAUCCAGAAAGCAGUCAGAUUUAUUUGUUUUUAAUUAUAUAGGGUUAUUUUUUCCUCUUUCUCUGAAGGUUUAUAGGAUUCCAGUGGUCUCACAAACUUCACAGAUUUCUUGUGCUUGUUUAGUUUAUAUCAAUACACCAAAGAAGUGCAUUUCAUCCUAUGUGUUCUUACUGGUAAUCUCUAUAACUCUUAUGAGCCUGCCUGCUGUGAACUCUAUUAAUCUAUUUUUUCCAUACACUUUUUGACCCAAAGUAGUGUUAACUAGGUAAAAAUAAAACUUGAAUUACUUUAGAAUUUCUUCACCUUUUUAUAGGUUUACAUUUUCUACACUUGGUUGAAGCUGAAGCCUCUCAAAGGGGAAAUGAUACGUUUCAUGAAUGUUUUACAGUCUUUUCUGUUUGGUAGGCGAAUUACAUCACAAACAUUUUUUUUUAAAUUAACUUCUGAUUAGUUUUUAUGGUCUAAACAAACUCAUACAUGUUGAUUUUAAAUGCAAUAUGUCUUCAUAUGGAGGUCAUCUUGAAUAUAAAAGCAGCUUAAUUAUCAUAUAUUCACAGGGCUGUUUUGUUGUAAUCAGUCAUAUUGUAAUCAGUAAUAUAAUCAUGAAGAACAUUAAAACACUGCCAGUUUUUUGCAUUACAUUUGCUGUUAACACUAUGCAUUCUUUUCUGGUAGUAAAUCAUAACAUUGUGUCAUAUCAGCAUCACAGACAUUAAAGUAAUGUCUUGCAUCAAAUUUAGUGUGCAGUGGAGAAAAAAGGUUUUCUACGUGG